AUGUGCUACGGUUUCCUCCAAGUGCUACGGUUUCCUCCAGGCGCUACAGUUUCCUCCAGGUGCUACGGUUUCCUCCAGGUGCUACAGUUUCCUCCAGGAGCUACGGUUUCCUCCAUGCGCUACAGUUUCCUCCAGGUGCUACGGUUUCCUCCAAGUGCUACGGUUUCCUCCAGGCGCUACAGUUUCCUCCAGGAGCUACGGUUUCCUCCAGGUGCUACAGUUUCCUACAGGUGCUACGGUUUCCUCCAGGUGCUACAGUUUCCUCCAGGAGCUACGGUUUCCUCCAGGAGCUACGGUUUCCUCCAGGAGCUACGGUUUCCUCCAUGUGCUACGGUUUCCUCCAGGAGCUACGGUUUCCUCCAGGUGCUACGGUUUCCUCCAGGUGCUACGGUUUCCUCCAGGUGCUACAGUUUCCUACAGGUGCUACAGUUUCCUCCAUGUGCUAUGGUUUCCUCCAGGUGCUACGGUUUCAUCCAUGUGCUACAGUUUCCUCCAAGUGCUACGGUUUCCUCCAGGUGCUACGGUUUCCUCCAGGUGCUACGGUUUCCUCCAGGUGCUACAGUUUCCUCCAGGUGCUACGGUUUCCUCCAGGUGCUACAGUUUCCUCCAGGAGCUACGGUUUCCUCCAUGCGCUACAGUUUCCUCCAGGUGCUACGGUUUCCUCCAAGUGCUACGGUUUCCUCCAGGCGCUACAGUUUCCUCCAGGAGCUACGGUUUCCUCCAGGUGCUACAGUUUCCUACAGGUGCUACGGUUUCCUCCAGGUGCUACAGUUUCCUCCAGGAGCUACGGUUUCCUCCAGGAGCUACGGUUUCCUCCAGGAGCUACGGUUUCCUCCAUGUGCUACGGUUUCCUCCAGGAGCUACGGUUUCCUCCAGGUGCUACGGUUUCCUCCAGGUGCUACGGUUUCCUCCAGGUGCUACAGUUUCCUACAGAGGCUCGGAGCCAGUGGAGCGGAGGCCGACUUCAAAGCCCUGGAUUCAAACUCAGUCCAAUUAAAGGGACGGUGA